GUCGGUGCGUUUCCUUCGCAUGCUUUAAUUGCAUCGAGAAGCCCCGUGCAGCGAAACUAACCACCCUCCCGCGUCGCUCCUUCGUCGGGCUCACCUGUAUCUCGGUCUGGGCCUGCAGCCUGCCCAGCUCCAGCGUGCCGACGAUUUCUCGAUCAUGUUCAAGCGCAAAGCCGCCGAGCAGCGAGCAAAGCUCGCGUCGGCUCAGACCAGAUCUCGCAAUGCUCGGCCAGAACACACUCCCCGAGCCGUCUCGAUCGAACUCGCUGCCCUGCCAAAAGAUACCUCCAGCAUCUUUGGGGUUGUUUCGCUGAAGCUGCUGCUCGUGCUGGCCCUUCAAGCCCUCUCGAUCUGGCUCUUCGCCUCCGGAUUCCUCCUCACCCGUAUGGAGCUGCCGACCCUCAGCACAUGCGAUCCCUCUGUCACGGUUGUGGCCAAGCCCAGCAACGACUCGACUGCUCCCGCCGAGGCCAUCAGAGCGGACGGAUUGUGCUGGCAUCCUCCACGGUACAAGCGUGCUGUCCUCGUCAUCCUCGAUGCCCUGCGCUAUGAUUUCACGGUCUACAACGAGUCUAUGGCGCUCGACGAAAGCCAGAACCGAGGCCGUGUGCCAUUUUAUCGCAACAAGCUUCCUGUCCUCCAUCGCCUCCUGCACUCUCAGCCAAGCAAUGCCCUGCUCUUCCGAUCCAAGGUCGAUCCUCCAACCACGACCCUGCAGCGCCUCAAGGCCAUCACCACCGGAACCCUCCCGACGUUUGUCGACAUUGGCAAGAAUUUCGGCGGCUCGCUUGUCAGCGAAGACAACAUCAUGGACCAGCUCAAGACUUUGGGCAGAAAGUCGGUCGUUAUCGGCGACGACACCUGGGAAGGCAUCUAUCCCCAGUCCAUCCACGAGAGCUACCCGUAUCCAUCGUUCGAUGUCUGGGAUCUGCACACUGUCGACAAUGGUGUCCUCGAGCAUCUGUGGCCGAUCCUUGCGCGCUCCCCCCGAGACUGGGACUUUAUCGUGGCCCAUUUUCUCGGCAUCGACCACGCCGGCCACAGAUACGGACCGGAGCAUCGAGCCAUGGCCGACAAGCUUGUGCAGAUCAACCAGGUGCUUGAGCAGCUCUUUGAGGCCAUCGACGACGACACCGUGGUCGUUGUCAUGGGCGACCACGGCAUGGACUUCAAGGGCGACCACGGCGGCGACAGCAAGUCCGAGACCGAUGCUGGACUCUUCAUCUUCAGCAAAAAGAAGCUCACCGACUUUGACGGCGCCGCAGCUGCCCAUCAAAGCCUGGUGGCGGCCAUCCAGCGGGUAUCCGAAACUCAGGACUCGGCCGACGACCCGAUUCGAACGGUUUCGCAAAUCGAUGUCGUCUCGACCCUGACGCUGCUGCUGGGACUGCCUAUUCCAUUUGGCAAUCUGGGAUCGAUUAUCCCGGAGCUGUUCUUUGUAGCCGACGGCGAGCAUCCAGAUCCGAGCCCCACAUCGCCUUGGCUGGACUUGCUCAAGGCCUCGCACCUCAAUGCCAAACAGAUCUGGCGAUACCUGCAAAGUUACAGUCAGGCACUGGCAACAGCCGACUUUUCGCUUCCCGAACUCGGGCGGCGAUUCAGUAUCGCCACCGAGAGCUUUGAGGCGGCAGCUCGGUCUUUGCCCACUGAGCCGGAGCUGCUGCGUGCGAUUGAGCUCCAGUACGAGUUUAUGCGGUCGGCCCUCAAGAUCACCCGCAGAGUUUGGUCACGCUUCGAUCUUCCCUUGAUUGCUAUGGGAUGCGCUGGAUUCUUUGCUGUCGUGCUGGCUUGUGCUGCCGAGAUUCGCUUCUCGGUCAACCUGGGCUCGCUACAAACGCUUCGUCAUCCUCUGGUCGGCCUCGCCAUCGGCGCUCUCAUCGGAAUGGCCCAGCCCCUGUCCAAAGCCCUGGCUGUGCUGUCUGUCGACUCGGAAAUCAAACUCGUCCACGAAGUGGGUUUUGCGCUGCUCGUGGGCUACGCCGCCGGUACUGGGGUUCGCAUCCACCAAGCCAAGCAAGGCUCCAAGCCAACUCCAAACGAGAGUGGCAGCGUCCUUCCGUCACCCGAGGCCGUCCUGGCGACUCUCCUGCUUGGGCUCCACGCCAUUUCGCCGGCCUCGGACAGCUACACAAUCUACGAGGACUACGGCACCAACUUCAUGCUGCAGACCUUUGGAGCCUUCCAGCUCGUCCGAUCCAUCUUUGUGCGCCACAACAAGACCCGCGAGAAUCUGAUUUGGUACUCUGUGAUGUUCAUGGUGUUGUCGCGGCUGACGCUUUCGUCGGUCGUGUGCCGCCCCGAACAACACCCGCACUGUAUUCCGACGUUCAACUCGGCUCCUUCGAGCUCGGUGGCGGCGAUGCCCACGCUCGUGUUCCUGGCCCUGAUUUCGGCCCUGGUUGUGAUUGUUUCGCGGCGCGUCCUAACGGAAUCAGACUCGUUCCACUCGACAGGCUCGCUGAUCGUGGGUGUGUUCCUACCGGCGGCGCUGUCAAUCUCCUUCCUGUAUUGGACCCUGGACACGAUCGAGGGCCACCACUACUUUGAAGCCAACCAGCGCUGGCUGGGCAAGCUCAAGAUGUGGAUUGCCAAGAUCGGAUUCCUGGCUGCCAGCGCCACCUGUCUCUAUGUUUGGACAUCGGAGCCCUCGUGCAUUGGUCUCUCAAUCGUCCGCAGUGCCUCGCCCGCGGCCUCAGCGGACACACCAGGCAAGGGCGGCAAAAACGAUCAGGACUCGGAUGAACCCGCAGCACCGGACACCCAGGCAACAGUGGUGCUCAACGGCAUCGCCAAUGUCGUGGGCUCAGCGUACUUUGUCCUUGUCGCGGCGCUGUUCCUGAUCCUGGCCAUGUUCCAAAAGCCCAUGGGCGGCGUCAUGCUCUGGACCGGAUUCCUCGUCGUGGUUUGUCUGUUCGAAAUGGCGGCACUGUGGCGCGAAUACUUUUCUCUCCAUCUGCCUGGGAUCAUCAAGAAAGAGUCCGAGCGCACGGCUGUACCAGCUGGCGGAAUCCGACUCAACCUCCCCAGUCACGGCACGCUCGUCUUCCUGUUCCUCACGGUGCUCUCGAUCCUGUCGCACAGAUUGUUUUUCGCAACGGGCCAUCAGUUCAUCCUGUCGACGAUCCAAUGGGAAGUCGGCUUCAUCGGCGUCGAGCACAUGAACUUUUAUCUGUCCGGGACGCUCGUGGCGCUCAACACCUUUGGCGGCCCGCUGGCAUGUGCACUCUCCGUGCCCAUGUUUGUCAUUUGGAAGCAGCCCAUCCAGAAGGGCCAGGAGCGACGGCUCUUCCAGUCCGUUUUCCGGGCCCUGCUGAUGUACAUGGUCGUUGUGGGCACGGCCAUGGGCGUCAGCAUGUCCUUUGCAGGCUGGUUCCGCCGCCACCUGAUGGUCUGGAGUGUGUUUUCUCCAAAGUUCCUGUACAUGACGGUGAUUGUUGUCGCCAUCGACCUGGUUGUGGCGACAGUGUGUGUCUGGGGAGUCUUUGGGCCGCUGCGAUGCUACGACGAGUUUGUCCAGGUGCUCAGCGCCAAGCUCGGCAGCGUCUCUGCUGCUCGCCGACAGGAAGAGUCUGAGUAAAGCCCGAAUCCGGAAUCGAA